GCUUAUGAGACCCUCUUCUUCAUCUCAACCAAGCGAUAAGGAUAAACAAGCUUACGGUUAUGGAAGCCUCAGCAUCCAUUUGCAGUUACUGCAGAGGAAUACCCUUCUCUUUCUCUUCCGCAACACCAAACUCUGCUACUUUCUCACCUUUGCUCGUCAAAUCCAUGGCCACUCCCAAGCCCCUCCCCUCAGUCUCUAGAACUGUUGGCUCAAGAAAGAAUUCAACUGUGUUCCCACUGGGGGAACAAGGCCCUAGGAGCAGUCCUGGGAUAACUGCACCUCCCAUCAAGCUUUUGACAAGAAUGGAGCAGCUGAAACUAUUGAGCAAAGCAGAGAAAGCUGGGUUGCUAUCUGCAGCAGAGAAGUUUGGGUUCUCCCUUUCUGCUAUAGAGAAACUUGGACUCCUCUCAAAAGCAGAAGACUUGGGUGUGUUAUCUGCUGCCACUGAUCCAGCAACUCCAGGAACACUCUUAACCCUCAGUUUGGCUUUGCUGCUCUUGGGACCCUUGUUUGUUUACUUGGUUCCUGAGGAUAACCUUGGAGAAGUGGGUUUGCAGAUUGUUGUUGCCUUCAUUUGUGUACUUGCUGGUUCUGCUGGUUUUGCUGCAUCAAACUUUGUAUCCAAUUUGCAGAAAUCAAAAUAAACUUUAUAACUUUCUAAUUUCUCUUUAGGCCCCUUAAAGGUUGUAGUAUGUUUGCUUUAGCAUAUUUUGGGGAAACAAUGAGAUAACUUUUGGCACAAAGAAAAAAAAAAAUCCUCAUAAAU